AUGAGCGGGCACCGAGUCUCCGUGAAUUGCAGGGGAGUCCGUUACCAACAGAUAGAGCAACGGGAUUCGGAGAAAGACGAAUUUUUGUUCCAACUGCAACUACCUAAGACGACGGCGACUCGCAGAGGAAUUCUGUCUUCGUUGGCCAGCCUUUACGAUCCAAUGGGGUUCGUCGCACCGUGGCUACUGCCGGGCAAGAUUCUGCUGCAGGACCUGUGUAGAAAAAAGGUUACUUGGGAUGAAACCCUAUACGAAGCGGAUCACAAGACCAUGCAAGACCGGUGGAUGAGCCUGUCCAAGCCGGCUGAUAUACGGCUCCCUCGUCGCAUACCAGGAAUACGCAAAGGAGAACAAAUUGAGUUACACGUUUUCGCGGACGCGUCGGAGGUGGGAUACGUGGUAGUGGCCUACAGUUGCUCGUCUCGGCCAGGUGGAAGGAAGCAUAGCAGUACUCAGUUCGCUAAGGCCAGGCUCGCCACUCUAAAGGCAGUCUCAAUAACCAGGCUAGAACUGGCCGCAGCAGUAGUAGCCGUGAGGGUAGUGAAGGUGAUCGAAAGAUGUUUGAACACGAUUGAAUGGACCGCAACCUACUGGACUGAUUCCGCUAUAGCUCUUCACUAUGCUAGCAAUGUACGGACGCGCUUCGGUAGAUUUGUUGCCAACCGGUUGGCUGUCAUUCACGAAGAAGCUGAGAAGAGAUUUGUGGGUAGACGAGGUAAUCCAUCGAGUGUGUUCUCCGACAACGGGUCCAAUUUCGUCGGUGCAAAAAAGGAGUUGAGCGACUGGUUGAUGCGGUUAGACAAAUGCGCCCUGCAAGACCGACUGUUGCCACCUGGAACCCAAUGGUACUUCAAAUCACCCUAUAGCGGUCACCGCGGAGGAGUUUGA